UUCUCCCUCUUUCCGCCCCUUUCCCUUCGCUGGGCCGCGCUCUCCUGCUUGCUCCUUCUUUCUUGCGCUCCAUAUAAUCUGACUAAGAUGGAAUUCGACCACGCACCAAAGACCCCUUCCUACUUGGACGCAGCUGAGGCCGGCUUCUCCUAUUUGGACAGCGAGUUCAUGCAGUAUCCGACCGACACUCUCGACGCGAUGGACCACAUAGUCCCUGCCAGUCCUCCCGCCACCUUUCACGACUUGCACGGUGCCCUAGGCCUCAACCACACACUCAAUGAGGUCUACUACCAGCCAUCGUCUCCAUCUUCUUCGGGUACCUCUGGUCCUUUUGGCUCUCCGACUCAGACAUUCACCCCGCUUGAAGGUGGCGCCAGUAUUGCUCCCCCGACUCUACUUGGCUCUUCGUACAUGCUCGCUGCCCCCGAUUCUGGCCGCCGUGGUAGCCGUGGCAGUGGCUCAAUGUCCCCUCCUAUCCACUCGCCCUCUGCUGUUCCGCGUGCUCUGGCUAAUGUUGGUCGCCGAUAUAACCCGAUCGCCCGUCCUCAACGACGAAAGCCAACUCGUCGUGCCUCUGCUGACGACGACAGCGAGGAUGAAGACGAUGACUUCCAGCCAGCCGCCAAUCUCAGUGGCAGCCCUGACACCCGUCGCGAGACCAUUCGUCGUCAACGCAUUGAGUCCGAGCAACGCAGACGAGAUGAACUCCGCGAUGGCUAUGCCCGGCUCAAGGAGACCCUUCCUGCUACCAACCAGAAAUCAAGUAAAGUCUCCCUGCUCGAUCGAGCGACCAGCCACAUCCGGAACCUCGAUACCUCCAAGACCGAGCUGGAGAAACGGUUGCAGGAGGCCGAAACUCAAGUCAAACACCUCCGCCACAUCAACGAGGUCUUGAGUAUGCGGGCUGUCACCCAAACCCGCAGCAUGGUCACCUCCUACUGA